AUGCCUCAGUGGAUUCUUGGAGAUCGGUUCGAAACCACUUAUCCCCACAAAGGCUCGAUCAAAGCUUUGUGGGAGACCAAGUGGAAGUUCUGCGCGUCGAAAUCUAUCUAUCCAUUCCACGACGGCGCAUUCGAGGACUUCGAGCCCAUCUUCGAGAAGCUCAUUGCCGAAAACAUCAACGAUGCAUUUUCCGACGCCUACACAAACGCCUUCCUCCCCAUCGCCUCCAGCCUCGAGUCCCAAGCCGCGGAAGCCUUGAACUACGGCCACCCCGACAAAGCAGCCGAACUCUACCGCCGUGCCUCGGUCGUCCUUCGCAUCUCGCGUUUCCCCUACGUGAGCCCCAACAGUCGCCCCGAAAACUCCAUCAAGCGGGUCGCCUUCGACCGACAGAAAGACGUCUACCUGAAAGCCGCCUCGCUGUGGAACCCGAUCAUCAAAGAGGAAAUCAUCCCGCACAAGCACGCCGCUGGUAAAGAUGGUGCCCAGAUCCCGAUCUACAUCCGUCUUCCCGACGAAGCGAGUCACGGCCCUGUCCCCGUCGUCCUGAUCAUGACGGGACUGGACGGCUACAGACCGGACAACAGCCAGCGCACGCACGAGAUUAUCAACCGUGGCUGGGCUACUGUCAUCGUAGAGAUCCCCGGUACGGCGGACUCACCUGCUGACCCUGCGGAUCCUGAGUCGCCGGAUCGUUUGUGGUCCAGUGUUCUGGACUACAUGGCGCAACGGCCCGAGUUUGAUAUGACCCGUGUGGCGGUUUGGGGUCUGAGUGCUGGUGGUUUCUAUGCUAUUCGGGCUGCUUGCACGCACCGUGAUCGUCUUGUUGGAUCCAUGGCGCAUGGUCCUGGCAGUCACCACUUCUUGAACCCGGAUUGGUUGCGCAAGGUCAAUGACCAUGAGUAUCCGUUUACCAUCACUGAUAGCUGGGCUGAGAAGUACGGCUACGACAGUACGGAGGAGUUCAUUCAGAACGCGCAGAAGAAGUUCUCGCUCGUUGAGACUGGCGUUGUUGAUCAGCCCAACUGCCGAUUGCUUUUGCUGAAUGGCGUUGAUGACGGUGUUGUCCCCAUUGAGGACUGCCUCGUUCUGUUUAACCACGGUGGUCCCAAGGAAGGCCGAUUCUUCGAGGGAAUGGUGCAUAUGGGAUACCCCAACAGCCUACCAGUCUCGUACAAGUGGUUGGAGGAAGUUUUGUCUCCCAACAAGACCGAGGUGAAGAACUAG